AAACCAAGCGAAGAGAAGAGACACAGAAGCAGAAAAAAGAGGGAAAAGAAAAGGCGAAAACUCGCGGGGCGGGAGAGGGAAGAGAAGAGUUGCAGAGGGAGGGAGAAAAUGUCAGGAAGAGGGAAGGGAGGUAAGGGAUUGGGAAAGGGAGGAGCGAAGAGGCAUCGUAAGGUGCUGAGGGAUAACAUUCAAGGUAUCACCAAGCCUGCCAUUCGCCGCUUGGCUCGACGUGGUGGUGUGAAGCGUAUCAGUGGUCUCAUCUAUGAGGAGACUCGUGGGGUUCUCAAGAUCUUCCUCGAGAACGUCAUUCGUGAUGCCGUAACCUACACUGAGCACGCUCGCCGGAAGACCGUCACUGCCAUGGACGUCGUCUAUGCUCUCAAGAGACAGGGCAGGACUCUCUACGGAUUCGGUGGUUAGGGUUUCUUGCAUCUAGUAAUGAGCGUUUGUUAAUACGAAGGGAACCGCGUUUUUUGUCCUUGCUUGUUUCUUUCUCAUUUCUGGGGUUGAUUAUAUUCUAUAUUCCAUGGGCGGUUCAAGUAAAAUACUAGUUUUUUUCCUCUUAUUGGAUGAGUACUUCUUAGUUCAAUAUAUUUUCAUGUUUAUUUUCCUUGCAUUAUUAAUUUGUCUUCUUAUUUCUUGUUAAGAUAGAAGACUCCUUUGUGUUAUUUCUCAUUUUCUGGUUUUUGUUGUCGCUAAAUAGCAAGGAGUUAAUGAUAUGGUUUUGAUCAGAGGUUAUACGGCGAUUA